ACCCUAAUUCUAAUUACAGAUCUUGCGGUAGAGACGAUGCAGAAAGUUUGUUGGCCUUACUUUGAUCCUGAUUUCGACAAUCUUGGUGAACGGAUAUACGGUCCACCAUGCAGGGUCUAUAUUGACAAUGACAGCAUUCAAGAUUGCACCGUUGUGAAGGUGAAUAGUGAGAACAAACAAGGGCUUCUUUUAGAAGUGGUGCAAAUCUUGACGGAUAUGAAUCUUAUAAUCACCAAGAGUUAUAUCUCUUCCGAUGGUGGAUGGUUCAUGGAUGUUUUCCAUGUUAAAGACGAGUAUGGCAAUAAACUUACUGAUAAAAGCGUCAUCAACCACAUCAAACAUGCCAUUGGUACGAGUAGGCGAGAAUCCGAUUUUAUAAAGGCUAGUGAAGCGAAUAACAACCCAAAUAACAAUUCCUUGGAACCUCCAUUGAGUGAUCACGGCGAACACACAGCGAUAGAGAUGACAGGGACAGACCGGCCGGGCCUCUUCUCGGAGAUAUUCGCUGCUUUUGCUGACUUACAUUGCAACGUCAUGGAAGCUCAUGCUUGGAGCCAUAACGCUCGUUUGGCUUGCAUUGCCUAUGUCUCUGACGACAAUACUCACACUCCCAUUGAUGAUCCGAGCCGCUUGGCUUCCAUUGAGGACCAUCUCAGUACUGUGAUCCGUGCCACAUCGGAUCCUGCCUCCAACUCUACACACGUGGGUCACAAGGAAAACGAAACGGAUGGGUUUCUUGCGGGACAAGGCAAAGGGUGUAUGAAUAGCAACGUGGAAAGACGGUUGCAUCAGCUAAUGCUAUCAGUGAGAGACUUUGACGAACCGUUUUGUGAGCCUUCGUCAUUGUCCUUAUUGUCUUCCAAGUUGGAGUACUGUGAUCAGAAGGAGAGGAAGACAACGAUAGUUUCGAUUGGGAAUUGCGAAGAGAGAGGAUACUCUAUUGUCACAGUGAAGUCUAAGGAUCGAAGAAGGCUCAUGUUUGAUACUAUUUGCACUUUGGUUGAUAUGCAAUACGUUAUCUUUCACGCCGCUCUACGGUCAGAUGGAGCUGAUGCGUUUCAGGAAUACUUCAUAAGACACAUAGAUGGAAGGGCAUUGAAUACGGAAGGCGAGAAAGAACGGGUGGUUAAAUGCUUGGAGGCUGCAAUAGAACGUCGGGUUUGCGAGGGCGUGAAGUUGGAGUUAUGCGCAGAGAACAGAGUAGGCUUACUCUCUGACAUAACUCGUGUACUCCGUGAGAACGGUUUAACCGUUGUCCGCGCAGACGUGGAGACACAAGGCCAGAAGUCGCUCAAUGCUUUUUACGUCAGAGAUAUUUCCGGCAACAAAAUCGAUAUGGAGUUUGUGGAAUCAGUGAAGAAAGAGAUGAGACCGAUCCACCUUGAGGUCAAGAAUGAAGACAGAACAACAGACACAGUUGGAUCGGAUGAACCGCCAGACUCAGCCGCACCGCAACCGCAACCACAACCACACCGUUUCUCGCUUGGUGACAUCCUUCGAUCACAGAUCGAACGCCUUUCUCUCAACUUCGUCCCAACCAAAUGAUUAAUAGUUAGUAAUUAUGAGUAUGGUAUAAAGAUUUAGAUAUUUU